AUGUCUGCAUUAGAAUUGGAGGAUAGUUCGAAUAACAUAGAAGAUUGUAAUAGUUUUUUUAACAAAAACUAUUUAAAGUAUUUUCAAUAUACUUCUUUUAAAAAGUUUGAAAAUGUCGAUUCGACAUUAUGUAGUAGAAGUUAUAAAGUUUUCUUUAAAAAAUGCAACAAAAUGUUUAUUUUAAAUGAAAUUUUCUUUUCUCAAAAAUAUACGAUUAAAGAUUUUAUUGCUGAU